CUUCUUCCCUGGUUGCGGCGCUCGGGGCUCGCGGCCGAGCCAUGGACGUUAACCAGCCCAAGCAGGAGCACCUGCUGGCCCUGAAAGGUCCCGUUUCCCACUGAUCUUUGCAGCAUGGGGCAAGGAAGUUCUUGCAAAUAAGAUGUUUCAAUCUAGACUUAUGAAUCCUCAUCAAGAGACUGUUCUUGUAAUUAAGAAUAACUGAAUUCCUACUGCACAAGCAUGGAAGUGGUCUUACAUUAUCGACCACAUCAGAGAGAUCUGACAGAACUGCAGAAAUUUGCAGAAGCAGCAGUGAAGGAGUUUCCCAUUCGUCAGUUACCAAGAUUCACACCCUGGUUUCCAAAUGAUUUGUACAGACUACCGCUCAAACCAAAAAAGCAACCACCAGUUAUUUCUUCUGAAGAAGCAGAAGAAUUGAAACAACUUGCUACACCUUCAGAAUAUAUUGUAGAAUCUCCUAGUUAUGACUGCACAAAAAAUCUCCUUGAAUUUCAGUCUGAUGUGAAUCAUGGGCAGACUUUAAUCCACACACAAAAUGGCCGCAGGCAAAUUAGCUUGGAGAAUCAAGGAGAACCACCAUCUAAUGAGAAACAGAAAUUGAAAAGGUCUUGGAGUGUCUCUCUCUCUAGCCCUAAGCUUAAAGAAAAGAUUCUUCCUCUAUCUCAAGAACUUCAAAACAAUUUGGAAAGACUUAAAUUGCAUGCAUUUUAUAGAGCAAAGUGGACAAUUGAGCAGUCUAACUGUAAUAACCAGAACUUGGAGGACAUCUGGAUAAAACUGAAUAGACUUAUCAAGCAGAACGAAUUGCCGUCUUGCAAUGCUACUAUUCAAAGAUCUUUGGGACAGAUAUGGGUUUUCUGUGAUAUACUAUACUGUGAAUAUAUUAGAAAUAUUCUUAGGGAAAAGCUAAGUCUUACUGAUAAAAUGAAUUUGCUUGUACAUAAAUUUGGAAUUAUAUUUAGUUUAUAAUUGUAAGAUAGUUUUGUAACAAUAUUGUUGUCUGAAGUAGUUUCUAGGUAGCUUAGUUUUUAAGGAGCUUAAAAUAUACAAACUUCAGAACAGCUGAUGAAUUAAUUAGGAGAAAAUAACUUUGUUACUUUACUACAGUUUUAAAGCUGUAGUAGUGUUUUUAAGUUUAUUUGUUGGGAAAAUCAUGAAUGGGUCAAUGAAGAUCAGUACAUUUGUUUGAUUUAGUACAAUAUUCUGUGUUCUUUUUUCUCAUUCUUUGUCUAAAGGAAAAAAAAAUAAUACUUCUGCACUUAAUUUCUCCAGGAUAUUCCCUUUGGAAUUUUGUUUGUUUUUCUUGAUAUGAUAAUGUUUGAAUAAUAAUAUUUUAUUGUAGACACUGCAUACCUCUUUGUAGUUUAAAACAAAGGAUACUGCUCAAUUUGGAACAUUGCCAUGUGUUUUUAAACUUCGGCUGAAGGCUGAAUGUUCUGUAUUAUAAUUUGGUGCAUCUGUGGGAUUUAAUAUUACUGCUUAGCAUACUGAUAUGACAAAUGACUGAAGUAACUAGCUGUCACUAUUAGUUGUAAAGCUAAUGUAGCCAACUUACAUCAGUGAAAUUACUUCUCUAAUCUUAAAGAUGAUAGUAAUGAAGUUACUUUGUGCUGUCAGAAUUUUUAGAGAUACAGUGGAGUAAGAUGCAGAAUGUUUUAUUAAGUGUAACUUUUAUAUCUAGAAUCUGAGAAGAAAAGCAAGAGAAUCUGUAAUACUACAAGAACAAUACUUUAGUAGUCUCAUUAAAUACAAUAAUCUACAUGUCUUAAUUUGUGCAUUUUGACUUCAUUCCAUGGUGUAUAUUUUUAAUUUUAUUACAGUUAUCUUUAUUUUAAACUUGAGCUGUAACUCUUCCAUUAUAAGUAGUCAGUUCUAGAUAUAUAAGCUUAUUGUAGAUUUGAAGACAAUUAGGUAACUGUCUGUAAUACAACCCCACUAUAUUCUUUAAAUACACUUAGGACUUAACUAAGAAAACAUUUCUUGGUUUUGGAAAAGAGAUCAUGACAAAUGAGAGUGCUGGGCACUCACCAAGUGCCUGAGUCGUAAUCAGAAGUGCCAGUUUCUGUCCUGGAGCGUACAGACUUGUGGAUGAGAGGCUGCAGAGCAGCCCCCAUAGAAAGGGAUCUUGCGUUCUGGCUGAUGGCAAGUUAAAUCAUGAGGCAGCAGUAUGCCCUGAUAGCCAAAAGUACCAUCUGUGUCCUGGUGUGCAUCAGGCUCAGCACUGCCAGUGGGUGAGGGAGGGGUUGUCCCUCCUGUUCCACACUGUGCUCUGGGUGCGGAUUUUGCGGCACAAUAUAAGGAGGACUUAAACGUAUUAGAGAGUGUCCAUGGAGGGCUAUGAAGAUGGUAAAGGGACUGGAGGGCAAGGAGUGUCUGAGGCCCCUGAGUCUGCUCAGUACAGAGCAGAGGAGCAGAGGGGAGGACUGAUGGUGGCUGCAGCUCCUCACAGGGAGCAGAGGGCAGUGCUGAGCUCUACUCUCUGACAGCAGUAGGACCCGAGGGAACGGCAUGGAGCUGUGCCAGGGGAGGGGAGAAGAGAGGGUUGGAGACAGGGUCUGCACAAGAGGGCAGUGGGCACUUGAGCAGGCUCCUCAGGAUAGUGGUCAUGAUACCAGUUCUGCCCAAGGACCAUCUGGCCAACACUCAGAUGCAGGGUUUGAAUUUUGGAUGUCCCUGUGUGGAGCUGAGGGCUGGACCCUGGGAGUCUUGUAGAUCCUUUCCAACUUGAUACUCUUCAGUCUUCCUAAAUUUGGAACAGAGAUCAGUGCCGUUAUUCAGUUGUAGUUGUCAGGUUUCUGCUGCUUUCUCUUAGAGGGCUUAUGACCAAUGAUACUCACUGUGCUAUGUGGGUACACCACAGCUGGAAAACUAGACAGUAGUAAAUGAAUGCAGCAUUUAGUUUUUCUAUAGAACUACUUGUUUUGGGUAGGACUAAUGUAGAAAUGAAGUAAAAAAUUCUAUUUUGAGCUAUCCAGAACUGCUUUGUUCAUAUGCACAUGUAAUUCAGUAUCUUUUUCAGUUCCUAUGUGGAAUCCGCUUCUCUACGUCCUCUGUUUUGUGUAUUUUGAGACUUUUUGUUUACCUCAUGGUACAGAGCCUUCAGGGAUCAUAUUUUUAAUCUUUGUACACGCACACAAAAGAGAAUGUAUUCAAGUUGUUGUUGUUUUAAAUUUGAAAACUAAGAUUUGUUCAUGUAAAUACUAGCUUGUAUAGGUUUGCUGUAUGAUAGUAUAAGUUAAUGUGAACCAGCACAGCCCACUACUAUAUGAGAGCAGUUGAAUAUUUUUAUACAGUUGGAAAUAGCGAAUGCUGAGAUGGUCUGUAAGUAGUACAAUAAAGGUGAAAUUGCAAUACGUGUUUCAGUGCAAGGUUGUUGUUUAACAUCUUGUAUUCAAGAGAAAUAUGAUUUUUUAUAAAAUAAUAUGGUUUUAUGUUUUGUAAGUUUAGAAGAGAAAGCAAUCGGUGCAUUUUACAUAUUCAGAUCAAAAGAUUUGAGAUUGCAAAUGCUAAAUUUAAGUUCUACGUGGAUGCAUUUAUAUGUAGCAAUAUGCAGGAUGGGGACAUUGAUUUGUAUUAGUAGGGAGGAAAUUUGUAACUUCAAGAAUCUUAAAUAUGUAGCGCAAAUGAAAAUUAUGUGACCUUGAGUAUUUUGAGUUAAAGUGAAGUUAGAGAAUCGCAGAAUUGUUUGGAUUGGAAGGAAUCUUAAAUAUCACCUAGUUCCAUUCCAGCGCCUUGAAUAGGAAAACCUCCCACCAGAUCAAGCUGCCCAAGAACCCAUUCAGCCUACACUGAACACUUCCAGAGAUAAGCAGCCUGUGCCAAGGCCUCACCACCCUCUGAUUAAAGAAUUUCCUCAGAAUACCUAAUCUGAAUCUGCCCUCUUUUAGUUUGAAACCAUUGCACAGUUUGUCACUGCACUUCCUAAUGGAGUUCCUCUUCAGUUUUCUUGUAGCUCCCCUUUGGAUACUAGAGAACUGCAGUCAGUUCUUCUUGGAGCCUUCUCCUCUCCAGGAGAGAAGAGCUCAACUCUCUCUUUCUAUCUUCAUAGAAGAAAUGCCAUUGAAAACACAACCUUUUGAAGUAGAGUUUUUCUUUAAUGAGAAGAUCUUGAUGAUUUUGAUUUUAUUGGUAUUGAUGAAAGAUUUUAUAAGAAGAUCCCUGAGGAGUUCGUUUGGCACUAUUGCUGUUGUAUUUAACAAUCUUGGCUCCUUACUUCUACCUGUAUCAUAUGUAUGUUGUGGAGAUUGGGAUGUAAGUUGUGUUGUGUCCUGGUAUUUAUGGCUGCUAAGAUCCAAAUAAGUCAUUAAGUUCAAUUCUAUGGUAUCCAGAGUCACAGAACAGACAUCUAAGCAGACUUAGAUUGGUCACACAGAAUGAAGCUGGUACGCUCCUCGAAUCCACAAAGAACAUUGUACAACAUUUUAACAGAAAGGAUGGAUUCAAAUUUAAGAUUAAAAAAAAGGUAGAUAUUAUUGUGCUAGAGAAAGCAAGAGGGACCAAUUUCACCACCUGUACGCUUGGAUUGGAGUAACAGGGAAUUUAUUCUGUUGAAAAUGACCAGAUGAACUAAAAGAUCUUGACAUCACUUGAGCUGAGAUUUAGUAGUGUUUUGUUCUUUUUUUAAUGGAGGAAGUGCAUGACAGAACUGUGUUUAAAACAAACAAAUUAAUUUGUUAG